AUGGUUUUCAUGAGCUGUUGUAGUGCAGUGGUAAGGUUCUUGCAUCGCGUGAGGGCACGCGAGUUCAGGGCGAGUGAGGAGCAGAGGAGAGGGAGGAGAAGGGAGGGGGAGGGUUUGAGGGCGAGUGGAAGGGCGAGGGUCGACGCCCUGCGGCGCAGACUGCAGACUGCAGAGCGCGGCCGAGCUUGCGCGCUGCCUACGCAGGCUGCACUUUUUGCCCGCGCGUUGCCGGCCACCGCUUACGACUUACCAAAUUAUCAACUUUUCUCCCGGCCGAGGCCGGACUCGCACCAGACGGGAAAAAAUUACUCUUUGUUUCAUUUUUGUACCGCGCUUGAACUCGUUUCGAUGAAAACAAGCAAUUCAUGUAAAUCAAUCGUCGACGUGUCUGACUGUGAGCAUGCAGCAGGCAGCGUGCAGUAUGCGCCGUGCAGCGUGCAGCAUGCGGUGUGGAUCGUGCAGGGAGCAGCGUGCAGCGCGGUCUCAGUGGCCGAAGCGAUGCUAUCGGCUCAUAUACGAGCCGCAUUAAUUGCGCACGCACUCGCCGCGCAUAAACUUUGGCAGAUAAAGCGCUCG